AUGAUGACUACUCCAGAAGCUGUCAAGAAGAAGCAAAAUUAUAGUAGUGUACAUGAGGCUGUGAAAGCUUGUGAUGUAGAACAGCUUGCGUCAAUGAUAGCAAGUGGAGCCGGUAUUAAUGAGGUGGAUUUAGUCCACAAAUUCACACCGUUGCACUGUGCCGCACACUCUGGAAGUCUGGAGUGCCUUCACUGGUUGCUCUGGCAUGGAGCCGAUACGACACGCGUGACUGUCAGAGGCUGGACAGCAGCUCACCUCGCGGCUAUCCGUGGCCAGGACGCCUGCAUGCAGGCUUUGCUAACCAACGGCGCAAACGCGGAAGCUCGGGAUGACGGUGGCUGCACUCCGUCCCACUUGGCCGCAGCCCACGGGCAGUCUUACACCCUACAGACCAUCCUGCGGAGCGGAGCGAACGUAGAUGUUUCAGACAGGAACGACUGGAAGCCUGUUCAUUAUGCUGCUUUCCAUGGUCGCUUGGGGUGUUUACAGCUUCUGGUUAGAUGGGGAGCGUGUGUAGAUGAUGUGGAUAACAAUGGAAACCUUCCAGCUCAUCGGGCAGCAAUGGAAGGACACUUGCAUUGCUUUAAGUUCUUGGUGAGUAAAAUGGCCAGUGUCACGCACACACUGAAAGCCAGGAAUGACCAAGGAGAGACUCCAAGGGACUUGGCUGAGCGGUUCUAUAAAGAUAACGUUCUGCAAUAUAUUGACAGUGUGGAAAAAGAGGAGGAGCAUCCAGAGACACAGGAAGCUGUGACUUUCCCAGCUCAUGGCGCUGCUUCCAAAGGGGACUUGCUAGUGCUUAGAAGAUUAGUGAGAAGUGGAGUAAUCAAUAUUAAUGAGCGGGAUGAUAAGGGAUCCACUCUCAUGCACAAAGCUGCCGGACAGGGGCAUAUCCAUUGCUUGCAGUGGUUGAUUGAAAUGGGAGCUGACUGUGACAUUACCAAUGAUGCUGGAGAGACUCCAAAGGAUGUAGCCAAGAGAUUUUCCCAACAGGCAGCUGCGGAACUUUUGACACAAAGAACUGGAGACAGUAACUCUAGUGAUGAAGAACUAGAUGCAAACAACAUAAAGUUUUUUGAAAGACAUGGUGUGGAAGGGAGUACAGAUAGCAAAGAAGAUUUAACCCUGGAUAAAACAGAGAAAAGGAAUGCACGCAUAAGGGCCUAUCGCAAGAUUCAAGAACUUCAGCAACUUCUAGAAAUUGCCUACAGCAACUACAGACAGCUAGGAGGAAUAACUGAGGAGGAGAAGAUGAUGAAAAAAGAAGAAAGGAAAUUUAAGAAGGCUGUGAAGGAGCUGGAGGCCCAGCUGGAAUACGAGCGAGUCAGGCGGGAGAAGCUGGAGAGCCAGCUGGAUGGCUACCGUGCUGAGAUAAGCCACCUUAGAGAGAGCCUGGAGAAAACCCGUGUCCCCCCUGCUCUCCCUGUGGAGGCUGAGACCAUCUCCAAGUCUUGCAAAGAAAAGAAGAAAGUCAAGAAGAAACCAGCCUGCAGCCCUGGAGGAGUGUUUGUGAGGCUGCGGUGA